GCUCUAGGCUGCUCCAUGCCGGGGCCGGUUCCUAGCUUCUGACCCCCGAGCGGACACCGGAGGCCUCCUUUUGGUCUCCGGUAAUGAACCAGAAACCUAGUCCGAGUGUCGUGCGUCAGGAAGACCCUUGAAGGGGCAAAAUGUGCUGCGAGAAGUGGAACCACGUGGCCGAAAUGUUUCUCUUCGUUGACGAGCGGGAGGAGGACUGUAAGAUCCAUUGCCUCUGCUCCAGGGCUUUUGUGGAGGAUCGAAAAUUAUGCAACUUGGGAUUAAAAGGCUACUAUGUCAGAGGCAGUGGCAACAAUGCAGGAGACCAAGCUACAGAAGAGGAGGAAGAUGGUCAUUCCAAUGGCACUGCAGAAUUGCAUGACAGCAAAGACAUAGGCCUAGAUGAAAGUGAACUUGAUUCUGAGGCCGAACUCAUGAGAAGUAUGGGAUUGCCACUUCAGUUUGGUGGAGUGUCUACACAUAAGAGUUUUGAGAUAUCUAUGAAUACAAAAAAUAAAGUUAAAGUAAAAAAGAAGAAGAGGAAACCUCAAAAGAAGUACUUAGAUGAAAUUAUGCAAGAGUCUUGGAGAAAAGAAUAUGAAGAAGAUGACCAUUUGGUUUCAGAUGACCCAUCUUCAGUUGAACAGAAUGAGAACACUAGAACAUGUGAACUUCAAAAUAAAAGGAACAUUGAAACAGAAAAACUUUCUGUUGAAAAUACAUUAUCUCCAAAAUUUGAAAUUACAGAGAAUUGGGAAAGGUAUUGGAAUAAAUAUGGAGGAGAACUGUUAUGGCAAAGCUGGCAAGAAAAACAUCCAGAUCAAAUACUAUCUGCUGAACCUUGGAACUUUCCUGAUACAAAGGAAAAAUGGGAACAACAUUACAGUGAACUUUAUUGGUAUUAUUUGGAGCAAUUUCAGUAUUGGGAAGCUCAAGGUUGGACUUUUGAUGCUUCACAAAGCUGUGAUACAAAUACCAUUGCAUCUACAACAGAAAUUGUCAAGAAAGAUGAAAAUAUUGUGAAAGUGGACUUAAUAUCUUUUCCAUCUUCACCUAUCACAGUUGAUAAAGAAAGCUCUGAUUCAAGUGAUAAGGAUCAUAAUGAAAUACUUGAUGGAAUUAGUAAUAUAACUCUGAGUUCAGAGGAAGUAGAACACAGCCAGUUACAUUCCUCUGUAAGUUGUGAUGGACAGCUAAGUGAAGUUAGUGGGAGAGAAUGUCCUGCUUCUGGUCAAAGUGAGCCAUGUGAUGGAGGAACCAAGAAAAGCAACUUAUCUGGGAAUAGAAGCGCAAAUCAACUAGCUCAGGAGCCACAGGAAUGUUCGGGAACAAACACAAGCAAAGACAGGCUGCACGCUAGUGGGACUGAUGGAGAUGAGAGUGAAGAAGAUCCACCUGAGCAUAAGUCCAGCAAACUCAAGAGGAGCCACGAACUGGACAUUGAUGAAAACCCAGAUACAGACCUUAAUGACAAUGAUUCCUUUCUGGGAUUCAAGCAUGGCUCAGGACAAAAAUACGGCGAAAUUCCAAAUUUUAGUCGUCGACAGGUCAGGUAUCUAGAUAAGAAUGUGAAACGUAAGUCAAAGUACCUAGACAUGCGCAGACAAAUAAAGAUGAAAAACAAGCACAUCUUCUUUACUGAAGAAUCAGAAAAACCAUUUCUCAAGAAAAGCAAAGCUCUGAGCAAGGUAGAAAAAUUUCUAAAAUGGGUUAAUGAACCAAUGGUUGUGGAAGCAUUGCAGGAAUCAUCUUCACAUGAUAAUGUGCAAGACACUUGCACCAGUACUGAUUCAGAGGAUCAAGACAUGUCUAUUAGUAAAGCUGAUGACCCAGAGAAUCUAGAACCUGAAAAGUGUCAGACUGUGUCUUCAGCCAGUGAACUUGAAACAGAAAAGAAUGAAGGAGACAGUUUGGUAGCAUCAGUGCCAGAAAAGCAGGAUUGCAUUACUCAAGAAAUAUCAGACUCUCCCCAGGUAGAAACUGAAGCUGAAAUUAAAAAGAAGAAGAAGAAGAGUAAAAACAAGAAUAGAAAGGUAAAUGGUCUACCUCCUGAGAUAGCUGCUGUUCCUGAGCUGGCAAAAUACUGGGCCCAGAGAUACAGGCUAUUCUCCCGUUUUGAUGAUGGGAUUAAGUUGGACAGAGAGGGCUGGUUUUCAGUUACACCUGAGAAGAUUGCUGAACAUAUUGCUGGCCACGUCAGUCAGUCCUUCACAAGUGACAUUAUAGUAGAUGCAUUCUGUGGAGUUGGAGGAAAUACCAUUCAGUUUGCCUUAACAGGAAAAAGAGUGAUUGCCAUUGAUAUUGACCCAGUUAAGAUUGAUCUUGCUCGUAAUAAUGCAGAAGUUUAUGGAAUAGCAGAUAAGAUAGAGUUCAUCUGUGGAGAUUUCAUGCUACUGGCUCCUUGUUUAAAGGCUGAUGUUGUGUUCCUUAGCCCACCUUGGGGAGGCCCAGACUAUGCCACUGCAGAGACCUUUGACAUUAGGACAAUGAUGUCUCCCGAUGGCUUUGAAAUUUUCAGACUUUCCCAGAAGAUCACUAAUAAUAUUGUUUAUUUUCUUCCAAGAAAUGCUGACAUUGACCAGGUGGCAUCCUUAGCUGGGCCUGGAGGACAAGUGGAAAUAGAACAGAACUUUCUUAAUAAUAAACUAAAGACAAUCACUGCUUAUUUUGGUGACUUAAUCAGAAGACCAGAGUCUAAAACCUAAACUGUGAAGCAGGACAAGGAUAAAGAUCAUGUAAUAAUAAGAACAUUUUUCAUAUGAAACACACAAAAUGUCUUCCUGUAUUCGCUGAUAUUUUAUACCCACAGUCUUAAAUCACCAUGUGAUAUGGAAACUUUCUGAGUUUAACAAAUAUUAAUGAAGUUUUGAGACAUUUGGAUGAUAUUAACUAUGUACUGUCUAUUGUACAGAAAGUUAGUAACCAUCUGAUAUGAAAAGAGUAUAGACUUGCCCCUGUGCUGAAUUUCAUUGUGUGUCUGUGUAAAUAUGGGGUUUUUUUUUUAAUAUAUUGGUUUAAUAUCUUUGUGUGUGUAUGUAUGUAUAUACAUGUGUAUAAAAAAUAAUUGCUGUAUUUUUUUUAACAGAAAUGCAAAGAAAACAAUGAACAAGUUAUAUUCUAUAUCCUGUUUAGCUGCUACUGAAAUAAUGUUAUACAUUUAAAGUCUCCCACCCGCUUCUCGGUCCUUUAUUAUCUCUCUAAAGAUAAUCACAGCAAACAGUGUAUAUAGUUUCUUUGGGAGAAUAGAAAGGAAUUAGAGUGUACCCUUUUGUGCUCUUGUCUCCAUUGAUACACUGUUCAGUAACCUUCCUUGUUUUUACUUAAUGUACCUUUUUUAAAAAAGCAGAAACCUUAUCAGUUUAUCUUGAAGACCUUUCCUUGUCAGUACAUAAAGAUAGAUCUACCUUAUUCUUUUUUAAUGACUAUUUUGUAUUCCAUCUUAUGAAUAUGCCAUAAUUAAUUAAACCAGUUCCCUAUUGAUGGACACUUGGACUCUUCAGGUUUUUGCACUUACCAACUGUUUUGCACUGUCCUUAAGUAAAUUGGUUAACUUCUAGAAGUUAGGUAUCCAGGGGUUUGUGCAUUUUAAUUUUGAUAGAUACAAAUUGUCUUGAUAAAAUUGAACCAACUUUCAGACUUUAGACUUCUAGAAUUUUUUUCUUUUCUUCAUCUUGAAUUUGCUUUUUUAACAUCAUUUUAGCUUAUAAAGUUAGUAUUUUUAAGAUUUCCAUUGCAAAAUCAAUGUGAAAUAUAUUUUGUAAUACAGAAAUAUAUGUUCUUUUUCUAUUAAAAUGGCAGUGAAAGGAGAAAGAAUGUAUUGCUUAAUUAUUCAUUUAGCAGGGUGUUCAGUCAUUUUUAUAAGUAGGUAAGAAGUGAUGUACAGCUUCUAACCAUUGAGGGUUAGAGCUGGGAUAAUGUCAGCAUGUGAAGCAUCAAGCAAAACAUGAUUUUGAAUAAGAUAGGGUUAGAGAAAAUGAAAUAACUUGGAGGAAUUUUCAAUAGGCACUGAAAAACUAGACAAAAAAACUUGCUGAGGGUAUAGCUUAGCGAUAGAGCUAAGUGUUUUUUAAUUAUGCCAACAUUAGUCAUCAACAGUUCUGUAUAUGACCCCUAGACCUGGAAGAGUGACAAGAUGGGUAAAAGUAGAUUUUCAAAAUUACCAGUUUUUUUAGUUUUUUUUGUCACAAUAUUUCAUUCAUACACUUCUUUCUGCUGUGCAUAGUCUUACUUGUAUUUAAUAUUAAUAUUAAAACUAAUUUGCAUUCCUGAAUACAUAUGACCAUGUAUGAGUAGAAAAAGAAGCCUAAGACCUAAAGUAUUCUUGUCCCCUCAGUGAUAUAGCUAAUUUACACACAUUUGUUGAUCAUUAGUCCUCAAAAGAACUUUGAAAUGUUUUAGUUUAUUGUGUGACUCCUGCUCAAAUAAAAUCUUACCAAGAAGCCAAAUAUGUAAAAUGGACUUUUUUUUUUUUAAUGGAACUGUUUACAUUUAAAAAGAAGCCAGCGGCCCCUAUGGUCCAACGUGGUCUUUUUGUUUUUAUUAUUAAACUGCAAAUUUUUUUUUACAAAAGUAAAUACAUAACUUUAACAAUUUAAGAUACAAAGUGAAUGAUUCAAAAAAUGAAAUUCGCAAUUUUUCUCCCCUCUCUGUCACUUUUCCAUUCCCCUUCCCAAAAGUAACCACUGCUAACAUUCCUGGUAUCUACCCUUUAAGACAUUUCCCUAACAAUAAAACUUGUAUAAACACCA